UGAUCAGCACAAAAGUAUCAUUAACUAUCUAGACCUGAAAUUGCGCCUUACUGCCCAUUCGGGACCCCUGAGGGUGAUGUUGGGAAACCAAGCGAAACCAACAACCAGAAGCCAGCAGGCAGAGGCUUGGAUGAGACGCUCCGCUGGUGCCAAGUCAGGCCAAACUAAUUACAACAAACUUGAACUCCUCUAUCCCCAAAAUACCCAAAGCAAAACCCAAACCCAAGAGCAGAAACCAAAAGCAGAAAGCAGCCAUUCCUCCUCUAUAGUCAAACGCCUGAAAAUCCAAAAGCAAAGACCCAAAAGCCGAAACCAAAAACAAAAAUCAAAAGCAGAAAGCAGAGAUUCCUCUUCUAUAGUCAAACGCCAGAAAAUCCCAAAGAAAACAACCCAAAAGCAGAAACCAAAAAACAGAAAGCAGAACAUUCCUCCUCUAUGGUCGAACGCCAGAAAAUCCAAAAGCAAAAACCCCAAAACAAAGACCCAAAAGCAGAAAUCAAAAGCAGAAAUCAAAAGCAGAAAGCAGACAUUCCUCCUCUAUGGUCAAACGCCAGAAAAUCCAAAAGCAAACAACCCAAAGCAGAAACCAAAGGCAGAAGCAAAACCGAAAACAAAGCAAGAACAGAGCAAGACACGAAGCAAAACUUGAAGCAAAACAAGAACAAAACACGAAGCAAAACUCGAAGCAGACCAAGAGCAAAACAAGACAAAAAAAACA